AUUGUGGAAUUUUCGUAUCGCAACAAGUCGGCGUGAUUCACGUUUAUGUCCCACCUGGAUCUCUAUAUAUAAAGUGAAUGAUAGAGGAAUAAAGCCUAAACAACAUUACCAUACUUUUUUUUGUUUUUGAUAAUUCUUCGUUUUAUACAAUUAUUGUCCUGAAAUAUUUGCGACAAAAUAAUGGAUUCGAGAUUCAUCCGUUCCACACCUUUCUUAAGAUGUAAUGGUAAGAGUGAAAGUGAUGAGAGGAAUAAGGGAGAUGAAGAAGAAAGAAUAAUUAGUAAACACUCCUUCUUGGUGAGUCCUCUUUGUAUGAGCGGAGGAGAUGGAGAAUACAGUUACUCCACCAAUUCUCUUCUUCAGAGAAGAGUGUUAUCAAAGGCUAAGCCGGUUUUGGUUAGGAACACAAAGGAAGUGAUAAUAAACUUAAACUUUCCUAGAUACAUUAAAGUAGCUGAUUUGGGUUGUUCUUCGGGACAAAACACGUUCUUGGCCAUGUCUGAAAUUAUCAAUACUAUCAAUGUUCUGUGUCAACACAUGAACCAAACCCCACCAGAAAUAGAUUGUUGCCUAAAUGAUCUCCCUAAUAACGAUUUUAACACAACGUUCAAAUUCAUACAAUUCUUCAACGAGAAGAACGCCAUGAGCAAAGAAUCAUACUUUGUCUCUGGAGUCCCGGGUUCCUUCUACUCGAGGCUCUUCCCACGCAGGAGUCUUCAUUUCGUACAUUCUUCUUAUGGUCUCCAUUGGCUCUCUAAGGUUCCAGAAGGGCUUGAAAACAAUAAGAUGAGUGUGUACAUACAAAAUUCAAGUCCUCUAAGUACAUACAAAGCUUAUUUAAAUCAAUUCGAAAGAGAUUUCACGACAUUUCUUAAGCUGCGUUCUGAAGAGAUGGUUUCUAAUGGGCGCAUGGUUCUCACUUUCAUCGGUAGAAGGACUAUCGAUAAUCCACUGCAUCGAGAUUGUUGUCACUUUUGGACAUUAUUAUCCAAAUCUCUCCGUGACCUAGUCGUCGAGGGUCUUGUGAGUGCAUCAAAAGUUGAUUCUUUCUACAUACCAUUUUACGACCCGAACGAAAGAGAGGUGACGGAGAUGGUACAGAAAGAAGGUUCCUUUGAAAUUAAUGACUUGGAGACACAUGGAUAUGAUCUUGGCCAUUGUAACCAAGACGAGACAAAGAGAAGUAAAUCAGGGCAAAGUGAAGCCAAUUACAUCAGAGCGGUGAGUGAACCACUGCUCGUGGCUCACUUUGGAGCUGCCAUUAUCAACAUAUUGUUUGAUAAGUUCGCACAUCAUGUGUCUCAACAUGCUAGUUGCAGGAACAAAACGACCGUCAGCAUAGUCGUUUCGCUGUCUAGGAAAAAAACUUUUCUCAUGUCCUAAUGUUUAAUUUUGGCGAUUCGUGGGGUCAAACAUAUACUAGAUGUCAUAAAACUUGUGAUAUAUGUUAUAUAUAUUAUAGUUUAUAGUUUAGUUUUGUAAAGGAUAAAUAUCCAGACUAGUUAAUAUGCGACAAUGACACUUAC